GGAGCUUCUUCUUGCAUUUCGUUUAUUCAAACUUAGCUAUCAUUUUGCAACGAUGGACUCUGUUUCACAAUCUUUUCCUCUAGCUGCAGUGGCCGUGGACAAGGAUAAGAGCAGCCAAGGAGCCUUGAAAUGGGCCCUCGAUAAUGUCGCAGUCAGGGGCCAAACCCUCAUCCUCAUUCACGUCAACACUCAUGCCGUUUCACCGGAUAGCAUACGCAGGGAAAUACUUACUCCUUUUCGAUGUUUCUGCACCAGAAAAGAUAUCAAAGUCAUGGAUAUGAUCUUGGAGGGCACUGACGUAGCUAAGGGCGUAGUGGAGUUCAUCUCUCAGUCGGGGAUCAACAAACUAGUCGUCGGAGCAUCGAGAGGAGGCUUUGUGAGGUAUCUUGACAUUCUUCUAAAGCACUGCUCUAACAAAGGUUCUCACUGUCUGCAUACUGCUACCAGAUCAUUCAGAAACUUGGACAUCAGCGUCAACAUUCACAAAACCGUGCCUGAUUUCUGCACUGCUUAUGUGAUAAGCAAAGGCAAGCUCUCCUCUGUUAAAAAUGCGAUCCGACCACCUCCGGCCGUUUCGCCUUUGAGAAUCCAGCUCCAGAAACAAGCCAACGCAGAUCAACCAAGUCAACAGGAGAAGAAAGGUACGAUGAUCGACUUAACUUGUCAUUUGGCUCGACUAGUUUCACGAACAACUGAAGGAGGCAUACAUUUGUCAGGUGAUGCUGCAGCUUCGACUCUCAAUCUGAGUAAAGAAACAGAAUCAAUCAGGUCACCGUUGACGAGAGGGGCCUAUGCAUAUAAGUCCGAUGCAGAUUUGACGUCGGGCAGUGACAUAUCGUUUGUAAGCAGUGGGAGGAGGAGCACGGAUCAGGUCUUCCCUCCGAGGAUCUAUUGCUUGCCUGACAACAACCUUGCUCACAGCUUCGAGUCUCGACUAUCGCCUCGCAAGUCUGUGGGUGUUCAUUCCGCUAUGAACGGGUACUCUUUUUCCCAGGAGAGCUUUGCAUCUGACGCAUCGUCGCUCGAAUGCAUGCCUUGGAACUUGCAGGAAUAUCAAGAAGCAGAGAUAAAUAGACUGAAACUGGAACUCAAGCAGACAAUGGAUAUGUACAACGCAGCUUGCAAGGAAGCGCUUCUGUCUAAACAGAAGGCAAAGGAGCUCCAUCACUCGAAGAUGGAGGGGAAACAGAGACUCGAAAUCGCCCGACUCGCGGAAGAAGCCGCCUUGGUUCUGGUAGAGAAGGAGAAAGCGAAGUGCAAGGCAGCAUUGGAAGCAGCCGAAGCAGCCCAAAGAAAGGCGGAACUGGAAGCGCAUAAAAGGAGAGAAGUGGAGAUAAAGGCCAUGAAACAAUCCGUCGACAAGAAUCCCUCGAAUUCGUUUGUGCAAACGGACGCGAGGUACAGGAGAUACAAGAUCGAGGAGAUCGAGGAAGCCACAGAGUACUUUGCGGCGGACAAAAAGGUUGGAGAAGGAGGGUACGGUCCCGUCUACAAAUGCUAUCUCGAUCACACGCCUGUUGCCGUCAAGGUACUGCGACCGGAUGCGGCCCAGGGGAGGUCUCAGUUUCAGCACGAGGUUGAGAUUCUUAGUUGCAUCCGGCACCCAAACAUGGUCCUCCUCCUCGGUGCUUGCCCGGAGUACGGUUGCCUGGUGUACGAGUACAUGGCGAAUGGGAGCUUAGAGGAUCGCUUAUUCCGGCGGGGGACCACGCCGCCCAUUCCCUGGCAAUAUCGGUUCCGCAUCGCCGCAGAGAUCGCCACGUGCCUUCUCUUCCUCCACCAAACGAAGCCGGAGCCUCUGGUUCACAGGGACUUGAAGCCUGCAAACAUCCUGCUCGAUCAGAACUACACCAGCAAGAUAAGCGACGUCGGCCUGGCCCGCCUUCUCCCGCCCUCCGUGGCAGACCAAGUCACUCAGUACCGCAUGACGACGGCGGCCGGGACGUUCUGCUACAUCGACCCGGAGUACCAGCAGACGGGCAUGCUCGGCACCAGGUCGGACAUUUACUCCUUUGGAAUCCUGCUGCUGCAACUGAUCACUGCGAAGCCUCCCAUGGGGCUGACCCAUCAAGUGGAGCGCUCGAUCGAGACGGGAACGUUUCGACAGGUGUUGGAUCCCUCCAUCCAAAAUUGGCCGAUCGAUGAAGCUUUACGGUUCGCCAAGUUAGCACUCAACUGCGCAGAGCUGAGAAGGAAAGACCGGCCGGACCUAGGAACAGUCGUAUUGCCGGAGCUCAAUUGGCUGAGAGCUUUUGGGGAAGAAAACACGCAGCAAUUCGCAGUGGACAACAACGUCGGCGCCUCAUCGUCACACGAUCGAUUUUCUGUGCAGGAUAUCAGGAGUGGCCCUUUGCAUCAGCAAUCAGGAUAUCAGAGCUCCAGCCAAUUUAGCGGAUCGUCGAUCAACUGAAGAUCGUCGAGCACACCAUGGGAAUAUUUCAAUAUAUCGUUGAACAGAAAUGCGAAUAUUGCCUCUCCAUGCACAC